GAGGGGCGGAAGAAGCUAAGGGGGCGGGCAUGUCGUCGCCGGAGAACGUGGUGGUGGUGGCGGUGAGGGCGGAGAGGGAGACCUCCAAGACGGCGCUCGCUUGGGCCCUAACCCAUGUCGUCCGCCCCGGUGACGUAGUCACCCUGCUCGCCGUCCUCGCCGAUCGCGAAGCCACCGGUUGGCGACGGAGGUUGCCGUGGAGCUUCCCUCGAAUUGGAGGUGACCGCCGCAACCGUAGUCGAGAGCGGUGUCAGAUCUCCGCCUCGUGCUCCCAAAUGGCGCUGCAAAUCGAUGGCCGCAACGAGAUAAAUGUAAGGAUAAAGGUAGUGGGAUCGGAAACCACCGCGCCGACCUCUUCGUCCUCGUCCUCUUCCUCCGGCGGCGGCGUAGUGGUUGCGGAAUCAAAGCGAGUUGGUGCCACCUGGGUAGUACUCGACAGGCAGCUGAAGCAGGAGGAGAAACAUUGCGUGGAGGAGCUGCGGUGCAACGUUGUAGUGAUCAAAGGUUCCGGAGCCAAGGUGAUGCGGCUCAACCUUGGGAGCAUCAACAACAAGCCCCUUCCUCCCUUCUCCUUGUCCUCCUCUCAGAUCUCCAUUUGCAGCGAGAAGUUCCUCGGCAGCAACUCUCGAGCAGGGCAGGCGAAGACGGCAAAUAGCCCUGUGCCGAUAUUGGAAGAUGCGCCGAAGAAAGUGCCAUUGAGAUCUGCUGCUGCCGCCUCGACGGCCAGGACGACGACGAUGCAGCCUUCGGCCAAAACCAAGUCUUCGUUCUUUGUCGGCGAGCAUAAUCCUCUAUUCGAGAAGCUCCGCGACGGAAGGUUGACGCCGAUAGAGGACGUGGGUUCGGAUGGCGAGGACACGUCGGAGUCGAUUGGUAAUUCCGGCGGAGGGAGUUCUCCAUCCGCAACUCCUGCCACCGCGCAUUAUCGAGUCUACCGGAUUCCCCAAUCCAAGCACCGGCCGGAGCAGAAAGCCCAUAAUUGCCGCCUCCCCAGAUCAUCUCCUCCUGCUAAAACCAAGCAAGAAGCCAAUACCAAAUACGCAGGCUUAGAAACCGUCUCCCUGCUGUUGCCGCCGCCCAGUUCCACCACCACGGAACGCGACAACUCCAGCCCCACCAGCUGCGCACCCUACAGCUCCGACGUCAGGGAGGCCGUCUCCCUGCUCAGCGCCUCCCGGUCCGUCCCCCCUCCCCUCUGUUCGCUCUGCCGCCACAAGGCCCCCGUAUUCGGCAAGCCCCCGCAGCGGUUUUCUUACAGCGAGCUGGAGGUUGCCACCGGUGGCUUCGCCGACGCGGCCUUAGUAGCUGAGGGCGCCAGCGGGUGCGUCCACAGAGGCGUGCUGCAGGACGGGCGCGUUGUGGCUGUCAAACAGCUCAAGGGUCGGCCGGCCGAGGAGGAGGAGUUCCGCGAGGAGGUGGAGGUGGUCAGCCGGGCCCAGCACCGUAAUGUGGUGAUGCUGGUGGGUUUCUGCGUCGAGGGAGCGUCGAGGAGGGCGCUGGUGUUCGAGUACAUCUGCAAUGGCUCCCUCGACCGCCAUCUCUAUGGGGAAGUCGAGGCUCCCUUGGAUUGGCUUGCAAGGAUGAAGAUUGCAGUGGGAGUUGCAAGAGGGUUGAGAUAUUUGCACGAGGAUUGCAGGGUAGGCUUCGUCGUCCAUAAAGACAUGCGACCCAACAAUAUUCUACUCACCCAUGACUUCGAACCAUUGUUGGGAGACUUCAGGCUCACAACAUGGCAAAAAGAGACAUCUCUGUCAGUGAACACCAAUCUCCCUGAAGCUUUUGGCUAUCUUGCUCCUGAGUUCAUCGAGCACGGGAUCGUCACUGACAAAUCCGACGUGUAUGCAUUCGGAGUGGUGCUACUCGAGCUCCUCACUGGCCGAAAAGCCCUGGACACCAACCUGCCCAAGGGGCAGCAGUUCCUGGUCGAGUGGGCGAGGCCGCUCCUCUCGGUUGCAUCAGAUGAUGGUGCAGUCGACCGCUUCUUCGAUUCGCAUUUGGAACGAGGCCAAGGCCGUUUCUUCAGAGAGAAGCUCCGGGCAAUGGCACGCGCAGCCUCAUUGUGCCUCCGCCGAGAGCCGCAGUCGAGGCCUGGCAUGUCCAAGGUGCUGAGGAUUCUGGAGGGAGACAGCGCGAUCGAUCAAGUUGUGGACGUCGUCAGCACCGUGGGCAGCAGAAGUGGGCGCAUGGUACGAGCAGCCGCAAGCCAUGACACCGCGACAGCAGGCAGCUUAUCCUACAGAUUCCCUCGAGAAUCUGUCAUCAACGCGCUCUGCUCUGAUAGAAACUGGCCGCCCAGUCCAUAAUUGUUACCAUCUUCAAUUCAAGAAUUGGAGAAGAUUGCCUCCUCCGUUUCCAUGUUUCAUGCAACUAACUAACUACUGGUGCCUUCACGAAUGAGGCAGAAGGCGGUGUGGAUGAUACAAGGCCAGAGAGAAAGUCGAAGAAGAUUUAAUUUGUACAGCAUUCCUGGAGCAUUGGAAAAGGCGAGAUCAGAACAAACUGCUUGUGAGUGUGCAUAUAUCUCUUUUGUCAAACUCCAUUGAAUCAUCAUUUAUCA